AUGAUCACCGUGGCGCCCGUCAGCGUCCAGGCGGACCUAAAAAACCGCGAAACGAAGAGCACCUGGGACACACACAUCCCGCGCGUCAACAUCAGCGCGGCGCUCGCGGCGCGGCUCGAGGAGAUCCGCGCGGAGCGCGCCGCGCCGGGCUACCGCGGGAGAUACCCCGGCGAGGAGGCCUGGUGGGGCGGCCUGCGACGGCGAGAAAAGGUGCUCGUGCUCUCGCCCGUGCGGCGAACGAACGCGCGGCGCCAGAAGCGCUUCGUGAAGCUCCUGCUGUCCCUCGACUGGGACCGGCGGGAUCUGAGCGUCGCGACGCUCGUGUCUCCCGACUCCGUCGCCGUGUGCGAAGCGGCGGACGCGGCGCUGCGCGACGCGAAGCCGCCCUUCGCGUCCGUGACGACGUACCUGGAGCCCGCGGGCCUCGCGGGCCUCAACACGGGCGACCAGGAGAGCGGCGCGCGGCACAAGCUCGAGCACCAGCUCGCGCGGCGGUCGGCGAUCGCGCGCGCGCGGAACCACCUGGCCGUCGCCGCCGUCGGCGCGAGCGACGCCGAGUGGGUGCUCUGGCUCGACAACGACCUGCUUUUCUACGGCGCGGACUUGUUGUUGCAGUUGCGCGCGUCCGACGUCGACGUCGUCGUCCCCACGUGCUACUGCUCCGGCGGCGACGCGUGCGGGAGCGGCGUCUACGACCGCAACUCCUGGGCCGAGACGCCGGCGAGCGCCGCGAAGCUCCGGGAGCUCGACGCGGCGGGCCGGGGCGACGCGCUCGUCGUCCACGGCUACGGCGCCGCGACGGCGACGGCGCCGGGCGGCGAGGCGAUCGUGUCCAUGGACGGCCGGCGGCGCUUCCUCGACGACCUGAGGACGGACGCGCUGGCGCCCCUCGUGCCCCUCGGCGGCGUCGGCGCGACCUGCAUCCUCCUCCGCGCGGACCUCGUCCGCGAGGGCCUCUCGUUCCCGUCCUUCGCGCUGAACCACGCCAUCGAGUCCGAGGGCAUCGCCCAGAUGGCCCUGAAGAUGGGCGCGCGCGUCUACGGCCGCACGGACGUGGCCAUAAAGCACGCCUAG